AUGCCCAAGCUCAGCCCAGAGGACGCGCAGCUUUGGAAGGAUGCCACUAAGGAGUAUAACCGGCUCAAAAUGAUGCAGCAUCGGGCCUGGCAGACUGACCUCUCUGUGAAGCUCAAACUGAAGAAGGCCGCCCUUGCUGCCUUACCAGAGGAUUUGAGGGAGCUGGCAAACAGGCCAGAGACAGAGAGGGUGCCACUGAACCGGCAGAUGUUCACGCACACACCGCCCAUCCCCGGCUUCAACCAGCAGUCGAGCGUGAAGAAGCGAAAACGUGGCCAGUCGGGCAGAGGGUGA